AUGGUUCAGAAGAAUUGGACAUUUGUGACUGAAUUUUAUUUCUCUGAUUUCCCUCAGUUUGAGAAUGGCAGUCUCUUUCUAUUCAUUCCUCUGCUCUUUAUUUACAUAUUCAUUAUUGUUGGAAAUUUCAUGAUCUUCUUUGCUGUCUGGUUGGACCCUCGUCUCCAUAACCCCAUGUACAAUUUCAUCAGCAUGUUUUCUUUCCUGGAGAUUUGGUACACUACGGUGACCAUUCCCAAAAUGCUUUUCAACCUGGUCAGUGAACAGAAGAGCAUCUCAUUCAUUGGUUGCCUUCUGCAGAUGUACUUUUUCCACUCACUUGGAGUCACGGAAGCCCUGAUCCUCACAGUGAUGGCCAUUGACAGAUAUAUUGCCAUCUGUAAUCCUCUUCGCUAUGCAAUCAUUAUGACUCCACGACUGUGUGUCCAGCUGUCCACCGGCUCUUGCAUUUUUGGCUUCCUUAUGUUAUUGCCCGAGAUUGUGUGGAUUUCUACUCUUCCUUUCUGUGGCCCCAACCAAAUCCACCAGCUCUUUUGUGACUUUGAACCUGUGUUGCACUUGGCCUGCACAGACACGUCCAUGAUUCUGGUUGAGGAUGUGAUACAUGCCGUCUUCAUCCUGACCUCUGUUUCUAUCAUCAGCCUUUCCUACUUCAGAAUCAUCACAGUGAUUCUGCAGAUUCCCUCAGGUGAGAGCCGUCAGAAGGCAUUCUCCACAUGUGCAGCCCACAUUACCAUUUUCUUGCUGUUCUUUGGGAGUGUGACACUCAUGUACCUGCACUUCUCUGUCACAUUUCCACCACUGCUGGACAAGGCCAUUGCAUUGAUGUUUGCCGUCCUUGCCCCACUGUUCAACCCAAUAAUCUAUAGUCUACGGAACAGAGACAUGAAAGAUGCCAUCCAAAAAGUUUUCUGUUCUUAA